AUGAGUGAAGGGGUCGCACGGAACUGGAACACGCACAGCUGGCUGCUGGCACUUUGUCUGGCGUGGCUGUGGAUCCACCUGGCCUCUGCCUUCUUGCAGCCUUCAGUUUCCACAGGCCAGGUGAAACAGGGCACCUGCGAGGUGAUUGCUGCUCACCGCUGCUGCAACCGGAACCGUAUUGAGGAGCGCUCCCAGACUGUCAAAUGCUCCUGCUUUUCAGGCCAGGUGGCCGGCACCACAAGAGCGAAGCCCUCCUGUGUGGAUGGUGAACUCCUCUUGACUGCAUGCUUGUCCUCUCAGAGAGCUUAGGGCUGCCCUCACUACUUCCUAUUCCCGCAGCCUCCAUUGUCCUGCAGAAGUGGUGGUGUCAGAUGGAACCCUGCCUGGCUGGGGAGGAGUGUACAGUGCUCCCAGACCUGUCAGGAUGGAGCUGCAGCAGAGGACACAAAGUGAAAACCACCAAGGUCACACGAUAGCACUUGGCCUGGACAGGAGAGGUUGAAUUGA